AUGUCUGAUCCAGACUCUCAGCCUCCACAGGGGGAAGAGGGGCCUGUCGCUGCCCCAGUCCACAGCUCACAUCCUGGGCUGAAAGGCUCUGGUUCCUCCCCAGGCACAGAGCUCCAGGCGGGGGAGCAGGCGUCCCCUUCUGCCCCAGAACAGAGCCUCGAUCUUGGGCCGGAGAGCCAUGAUGACCUGGGGGCGGUGGAGCAGGAGAAAGAGGAGGAGGAGGGGGGAGGAGCAGGUCGAACCUCAGGGCUGGAGAGCUCCACUAAAGCCAGACCUCCUCUACUUCACCUGCGCAGAGGCGAGGCGGAGAUGAUGAAACAGGCCAGAGCCCUGAAGGAGGAGCGACGAGCGAUGCUGGACGGACGACACAAAUAUCUGAUCAGCAGGCUGGUGGACGCUGGGACCCUGGGGGAGCCCGAGGUGGAGGACGCCCUGCUCUCUGAUGACAAGUUCAGUCUGAUCGAGGAGUUCUUCUCUGCCAACGGAUCCAGGAGGCUGAUUUUCUUCUUUCAAGACGUGAAACAGCCUCCCUCCGUCAUGGAGGCAGCGUCCUCCUCCACUCCGGCUCAGAGGAAGCUCUUCCUCACCACAGGAAGCUCAGAGCCUUUACUGGGGAAGUGUCUGUUCUUCCUGAGGACCACCGACAAAGCCAUAACCAGCGCCACCGUGCACCAGGAAGUGAACUUCAGCGUGCUGGAUGGCGGCGGCGGCGGCGGUGGCGGCGUGCUGCGCGGCCUGGAGACUCUGCUGGGUGAUGUCAUGUUACCUGCUCUCAGGUCGCUGCAGACUUGGGGCGCUGUGAAGGGCGGAGCUUCCUGUCCAGACGUCCAGUCCUUCCUGUCGUCUGUGGAUCAGUUCGUCAGGAACCUGAGCUCGGCCAGAGCCAACAUGGAGGACAGGUUCCAGCUGCAGCAGGCGGAGCUUCCUGCCGCCGUCACACACCUGAGCAGCCCUGCAGACUUCACCUCCGCAGCCAAUAACAGCGAGCUGGUGGAGCGUCUGGAGGGCGUGGUCUCGGCGUGGACCAAUCAGAUCAAACAGGCGCUGACAGAGAGCGAGCAGAUGAGGAGGGAGGCCGAUGACGUCGGGCCCUCGGCCGAGCUGGAGCACUGGAAGAGACGCAUGGCCACCUUCAACAGUCUGAUGGAGGAGCUAAAGCGCCCUCUGGUGAAAAGGACUCUGGGAGUUUUGCAGGUCGCCAAGUCCAGAAUUGUUCGAACCUGGAGGGAGCUGGACGGGGACAUCACGGCGGUGGCCGGCGAGGCCAAAGACAACGUGCGGUUCCUCUACACGCUGGACAGGUUCUUUGGGCCGCUGGGGAGCUGCUCUCCGAGCGGCGUGUUGGAGCACAUUCCCAGUCUGAUGGCCAGUAUCCAGAUGAUCCACACCGUCUCCCAGUACUACAACACCUCCGAGAGAAUGACCUCUCUGUUCAUCAAGGUCACCAACCAGAUGAUCAACACCUGCAGGACCCACCUGCUGGGGGGCGUGGCCAAGAUCUGGGAGCACAGCAGGCCCGUGCUGUUGCAGCGGAUCUCAGAGUGCUGUAAACUGAACGUGGAGUACCAGAGAAGCUUCCAGACCAUCAGAGACAAACUGAGAGAAAACCCUGAGGCCCGUCAGUUUGAGUUCAGUGAGAACUACAUCUUUGGGAAGUUCGAUGCGUUCUGCAGGCGUCUGGAGAAGAUCGCCAACAUGGCGUCCACGCUGGAGGAGCUGGCCGCUCUGCAGCAGAUCAAGGUGGAGGGCAUCGAGAAGAUCUACGCUCGCUACCAGACCAUCGUGUCCACCACCAAGUCGAGAACGUACGACGUGCUGGACCACCGCAAGCUGGAGCGUGUGCUGGAGCUGCUGGCGGUGUGUGAGAGCGGUCUGGGCGUUGGCGGUCUGGGCGUUGGCGGUCUGGGUGUCGGCGGUCUGGGCGUCGGCGGUCUGGGCGUCGGCGGUCUGGGCGUCGGGGUGGAGCUGCGGCGUUCCUACGAGCUGCUGCUGCAGCGCUGCGGCCGCGAGCUGGAGCUCGUCAGGAGGAACUACCAGAGACACAGAGAGAACCCGCCCACCUGCAGGAACACCCCACCUGUCUCUGGCAGGAUCCUGUGGUGUCGGCAGCUCUACAGGAGGAUUGAAGCUCCCAUGUCGGUGCUGAAGAACAAACUGGACGUCCUCAAAGGUCCAGAGCUGUCGAAGGUGAUCAGGACUUAUAACAAGAUGGCGGCGGUGCUGCUGCAGUACGAGCUGCUGUACAUUAGAGGCUGGAGCGAGGCAGCGGAGACGACGCCUCACCGGCUCAGCGCCGCCCUGCUGGUCAGACAGGAGAACGGCAAGGUGUGGGUGAACCUGGACCCCCUGGUGCUGGAGGUGCUGCAGGAAGCCCGCUGGAUGAGCAAACUGGGCGUGGCCGUGCCGAAGGUGGUCGUCAAGAUGGCUUCCAGAGAAACGCAGAUCAAGACUCUGUACAGCCGGCUGCUGGAUCUCCUGCAGGACUUCAGCUCGGCGGUGGCCCGGGUCCCGCCUCUCCUCGCCCCCCUGAUGCAGCCGUUCGUGGGCCGGGUGGAGGCGGCGCUCUCGCCCGGCCUCACCACGCUGUCCUGGACCGCCAUCAACACUGACACAUACUCCAAGCUGAAGACUCGCUGUCAGUCUUGUCUUCCCUGCCGGUUCUACAAUCUGAUUGGUCAGCUCUGCCACCGCAACACCGAGGCGCUGGUCAAAGGAGCUCCUCCCCUCUUCACGGCCUCCCUGCAGCUGGCCAUCCCCAGCAUCGUGCUCACUCCCAGCCUGGACGACAUCCAGGUGGAGCAGGCGGCGGCUCGGGACGCCGGAGACGACAGUCCGGUCAAGCAGCCGGUGCUGAGGCCUCUGGACAGACAGCUGGCCGAGCACAAGGACGUCUCCAAACUGGUGAACCAGCUGGGCUCCAUAGUGUCGUCCCUCAGAUCCCAGGCUGCUGACACUCUGAGUGAACUCACUCACUUCUCCACACUGUGGAACCAGGACCCAGAGGAGCAGGUGAAGGCCUUCCUGCAGUGUGAUCCAUCCCUGACCGAGUUCAGCUCGCAGAUCUCUUCCUACUCAAGGCUGCAGGUGCAGAUCGAGGAGCUUCCCGCCUCCUGUGCGGUCGGCCCCGUCCUGCUGGACAUGGACCAGCUCAAGCUGUCGCUCACACAGGAGUGCCGGCUGUGGAAACGGGCGUUCGGCGCCGCGCUCCACCGCCGCGCCUCUGCCGACAUGGACGAAGUCUUCUCAUUCGUGGACGGGCUGACGAAGCGGCUGCAGCGUCCAAUCACAGACCUGGAGGACGUGCGCGGCACCAUGGCGGCGCUCAGAGAGGUUCGGGAGGAGGAGGUUCGUAUCGACACUGCCAUCGGCCCGGUGGAGGAAUCCUUCGCUCUGCUCAACAAACACGAGCUGCUCUUCAGCAACGGGAACGCCGAGCGGGUGGACGGCCUGACGUACGCCUGGAAAAACCUCAACGCCCUGGUGCUGCAGAACCAGGACACUCUGGUGAGGCUUCAGCCCAGCAUGAAGGCAGAUCUGCUGUCUGGGGUGCAGAGCUUCCAGACCGCCGUGCACAGCUUCUGCACCGCCUACGACCAGAGGGGUCCAGGUGUGGAGGGCGUGGCUCCAGCUGAAGCCAGUGAGCGGCUGCAGAGUUUCCAGGCAGAUUUCGAUCAGCUGUGGAGGAAAUACAUCACAUACAGCGGAGGAGAGGAGCUGUUCGGGCUGCCGGUCCACGAGUAUCCGGACCUCCAGAGGAUCAGGCGGGAGCUGUCGCUGCUCUCCAAACUCUACGGCCUGUACAGCUCCGUCAUCGACAGCGUGGCCGGCUACUACGACCUCCUGUGGGCCGACCUCGACAUCGAGAAGGUCAACGCCGAGCUGCAGGACUUCCAGAGCAGGAUCCGGAAGCUUCCCAAGGCGCUGAAGGAGUGGCAGGCCUUCAGAGAUCUGAAGAAAAGCAUCGAUGACUUCAGUGAGACGUGCCCUCUGCUGCACAUGAUGGCCAGCAAGGCGAUGCUGCUCAGACACUGGACUCGUCUCAGCGAGCUGACCGGCCACACUUUCCAGGUGGAGUCAGAAAGUUUUUCGCUCAGGAGCAUCAUGGAGGCUCCGCUGCUGAAACACAAAGAGGACAUCGAGGAUGUGUGCAUCAGUGCAGUGAAGGAGCGGGACAUCGAGGCCAAGCUGAAGGACGUGGUGGCAGAGUGGAGCAGCCACACGCUCAGCUUCGCCCCCUUCAGGUCGAGAGGGGAACUGCUGCUGAAAGGAGGCGACACGGCCGAGAAGAUCUCCAUGAUGGAGGACAGUCUGAUGGUGCUGGCCUCGCUGAUGAGCAACAGGUACAACGCUCCGUUCAAGCCGGCCAUCCAGCAGUGGGUCCAGAAGCUCUCCAACACCACCGAGGUCAUCGAGAAGUGGUUGUCGGUUCAAAACCUGUGGAUCUACCUGGAGGCUGUGUUCGUGGGAGGAGACAUCGCCAAGCAGCUGCCUCAGGAGGCCAAGCGCUUCCAGAACAUCGAUAAGUCGUGGCAGAGGAUCAUGCAGCGAGCGCACGAGGUCCCUGCUGUCGUGCAGUGCUGUGUGGGAGACGAGACGCUGAGCCAGCUGCUCCCUCACCUCCUGGAGCAGCUGGAGCUCUGUCAGAAGUCUCUGUCUGGUUAUCUGGAGAAGAAGAGGUUGGUGUUUCCUCGUUUCUUCUUCGUGUCCGACCCCGCCCUGCUGGAGAUCCUGGGCCAGGCCUCCGACUCCCACACCAUACAGGCUCAUCUGUUGAGUCUGUUCGAUAACGUAAACAGAGUCGUGUUCAGCGAGAAAAUCUACGACCAGAUCCUCAGCUUCCAGUCUCAGGAGGGAGAGACUGUGGAGCUGAGCCAGCCCGUCCUGGCCCAGGGGAACGUGGAGGCGUGGCUUGUCCAGCUGCUGGCCGGCGUGCGAAACACGAUCCACGGCGUCAUCCGGCGGGCCCACCUGGCCCUCAGCGACCCGGGCCUGAAGCUGCUCGAGUUCCAGUCGGCCUUCCCCGCUCAGGUGGGCCUGCUGGGCAUCCAGAUGAUCUGGACCCGAGACGCAGAGGAGGCCCUGGGGCUCAGCAGGACGGACAGGAAGAUCAUGCAGGCGACCAAUCAGAAGUUCCUGGACCUUCUGAACGAGCUGAUCGACGUGACGACCCGCGAGCUGAGCCGCAACGAGAGGACCAAGUACGAGACGCUCAUCACCAUCCACGUGCACCAGAGGGACAUCUUCGACGAGCUGGUGCAUCUGAACGUUCGCUCGGCGUCGGACUUCGAGUGGCAGAAACAGUCGAGGUUUUACUUCCUGGAGGAAACGGACAAAUGUGUCAUCCAGAUCACAGACGUGGAGUUCAGCUACUGCAACGAAUACCUGGGCUGCACAGACAGACUGGUCAUCACCCCGCUCACAGACAGGUGUUACAUCACGCUGGCUCAGGCUCUGGGCAUGAGCAUGGGCGGAGCUCCGGCCGGCCCGGCGGGAACAGGAAAGACCGAGACCACUAAAGACAUGGGUCGCUGUCUUGGAAAGUAUGUGGUGGUCUUCAACUGCUCUGACCAGAUGGACUACAGAGGACUGGGACGCAUCUACAAAGGCCUGGCCCAGUCUGGAGCCUGGGGCUGUUUCGACGAGUUUAACCGCAUCGAGCUGCCGGUGCUGUCUGUGGCCGCUCAGCAGAUCUACAUCGUCCUGCAGUGCAAGAAGAACAAGAAGAAACAGUUUGUCUUCACCGACGGAGACGUGGUCGACAUGGACCCCGAGUUCGGCAUCUUCCUCACCAUGAACCCGGGUUACGCGGGUCGCCAGGAGCUGCCGGAGAACCUGAAGAUCCAGUUCCGCACGGUCGCCAUGAUGGUUCCGGACCGGGCCAUCAUCAUGAGGGUCAAACUGGCCAGCGCUGGUUUCCGUGACAACCAGGUUCUCAGCAGGAAGUUCUACACCCUGUACAAGCUCUGUGAGGAACAGCUGUCCAAACAGGUGCACUAUGACUUUGGCCUGAGGAACAUCUUGUCAGUUUUGAGGACGCUGGGAGCCGUGAAGAGAUCCAACCCCUCGGAGCCAGAGAAGACUGUGGUGAUGAGGGUCCUGAGGGACAUGAACCUCUCCAAACUGGUGGAUGAGGACGAGCCUCUGUUCAUGAGUCUGAUCAAUGAUCUGUUUCCUGGUAUCGUCCUGGACAAAGCCGGGUAUCCAGACCUGGAGUCGUCUAUCUGCAGCCAGGCUCAGCAGGCCGGCCUGAUCCCCCAUCCUCCCUGGAUGCUCAAACUGGUCCAGCUGUACGAGACGCAGCGAGUCCGACACGGCAUGAUGACUCUGGGUCCCAGCGGAGCGGGGAAGACGUCCUGCAUCCACACUCUGAUGAAGGCCAUGUCGGAGUGCGGCGCCCCCCACAGGGAGAUGAGGAUGAACCCCAAGGCCGUUACCGCCGCCCAGAUGUUCGGCACGCUGGACGUCACCACCAACGACUGGACGGACGGCAUCUUCUCCACGCUGUGGAGGAAGACCCUGAAGGCCAAGAAGGGGGAACACAUUUGGAUAGUCCUGGACGGCCCAGUGGAUGCGAUCUGGAUCGAGAACCUGAACUCGGUUCUGGACGACAACAAGACCCUGACGCUGGCCAACGGAGACAGAAUCCCCAUGGCUCCCUGCUGCAAGGUGGUGUUCGAGCCCCACAACAUCGACAACGCCUCCCCGGCCACAGUGUCCCGUAACGGGAUGGUGUUCAUGAGCUCCUCUGUGCUCAGCUGGAGGCCCGUCCUGCAGGCCUGGCUCCAAAAACUACCUCAACACCAGGCUGACGCCCUGCAGGGCUGCUUCACCUGCUGCUACCAAGAGCUGCUGGACUUUGUCUCCACCUGUGUGUCUCCUAAGAUGCAGGUGCUGGAGUGCAUGUACAUCAGACAGACCAUCGACCUGCUGCAGGGGUUGCUCCCAGCGUCAGAGGAGAGACAGGGUUGCCAUGGUGACGUUGGGCGGCUGUUUGUGUUUGCGUUGAUGUGGAGUCUGGGAGCGCUGCUGGAGCUGGACGACCGGGCCAAGAUGGAGGCUUUCCUGAAGGGUUUCAGCUCGGCUCUGGACCUGCCUCUGACCCAGGGCGACCAGACCAUCUUCGAGUUCACCGUCAGCGAGCAGGGACAGUGGGAGCACUGGUCCAACAAGGUCCCGGAGUACGUCUACCCAGCAGACCAUGUUCCAGACUACUCGUCCAUCCUGGUGCCCAACGUGGACAAUGUGAGGACGGACUUCCUGCUGCAGACCAUCAUGAAGCAGGGAAAAGCUGCGCUGCUGAUUGGAGAGCAGGGAACCGCCAAGACCGUCAUGAUCAAGGCCUACACCAGUAACUUCGACCCGGAGCUCCAUCUCAGUAAGAGUGUUAACUUCUCGUCGGCCACGCUGCCCGGCAUGUUCCAGAGAACCAUAGAGAGCUACAUCGACAAGCGCAUGGGCGCCACCUACGGGCCGCCGGCAGGACGCAAGAUGACGUUGUUCAUUGAUGACAUAAACAUGCCCGUCAUCAACGAAUGGGGAGACCAGAUAACCAAUGAAAUUGUGCGUCAGCUGAUGGAGCAGGGUGGUUUCUACAGUUUGGACCGUCCGGGAGAGUUCACCACUGUAGUAGACGUCCAGCUGGUGGCGGCCAUGAUCCACCCCGGCGGCGGCCGUAACGACAUCCCCCAGCGGCUGAAGAGGCAGUUCUCCAUCUUUAACUGCUCGCUGCCCUCCAACUCCUCCAUCGAUAAGAUCUUCGGCACCAUAGCUCAGGGGUACUUCUGCCCGGAGAGGGGCUUCCCCGCCGAGGUGUGCUCCCUGGCCGCCGCCCUGGUGCCCACCACCCGGCGGGUAUGGCAGGCCGUCAAGGCGAAGAUGCUGCCGUCUCCUGCCAAGUUCCACUACAUCUUCAACCUGAGGGACCUGAGCAGGAUCUGGCAGGGCAUCCUGACGGUGAGGUCAGAGGUGUGUAGCAGCCGCUCGCUGCUCGCCGCUCUCUUCCACCACGAGUGCAGCAGAGUGAUCGCCGACCGCUUCACCGACAGCACCGACAGAGAGGCUUUCAGCAGCAUCAUCCACAGGAUCACAGCGGAGGAUCAUGGGACGGCUCUUACUGAGCAUGCCCAGUGGAACAGCCUGUUUGUGGACUUCCUGCGUGAAGCUCCGGAGGCGACGGGCGACGAGCCGGAGGACGCCGAGCUGGAGGCCCCCAAGGUGUAUGAGCCAAUCGAGUCGCUGGCCUCGCUGGCGGAGCGUCUGUCUGUGUUCCAGCAGCAGUACAACGAGGCGGCGAGGGGCGGAGCCAUGGACCUCGUCUUCUUUGAGGACGCGAUGACGCACCUGGUGCGGGUGUCCCGGGUGCUGCGGACGCCGCAGGGGAACGCCCUGCUGGUCGGGGUGGGCGGCUCGGGCAAGCAGAGCCUCACCAGGCUGGCCUCCUUCAUCGCCGGGUACCAGACCUUCCAGAUCACCCUCACCAGGACGUACAGCUGCUCUAACCUGCUGGAGGACCUGAAGGCUCUGUACCGCCUGGCGGGGCAGCGAGGCCAAGGAGUCGCCUUCCUGUUCACCGACAACGACAUCAAGGACGAGGCCUUCCUGGAGUACAUGAACAACGUGCUGGCGAGCGGUGAGGUUUCCAACCUGUUUGCUCGUGACGAGGUCGAUGAGAUCACUCAGGAUCUGAUUCCCGUCAUGAAGCGGCAGCACCCCCGUCGACCUCUGACCCCUGAGAACCUGUACGACUACUUCCUGUCCCGCGUGCGCAGCAACCUGCACGUCGUGCUCUGCUUCUCACCUGUCGGGGAGAAGUUUCGCACUCGAGCCCUGAAGUUCCCCGGCCUGAUCUCGGGCUGCACGGUGGACUGGUUCCAGCGCUGGCCGCGGGACGCCCUGGUGGCCGUGUCCCGUCACUUCCUGUCUCAGUACCAGGACCUGCGCUGCUCGGAGGAAGUGAGGCAGAGCGUGGUGGUUACCAUGGGAACCUUCCAGGACCUGGUGGCGGAGAAAUGCACCGAGUAUUUUGAGCGUUUCCGCCGUCAGACCUACGUGACGCCCAAAUCCUACCUGUCCUUCAUCGAGGGCUACAAGGCCGUCUACUCGGAGAAGAUGGCUCAGGUCGGCACGCUGGACGAGCGCAUGAAGACAGGUCUGUGUAAGCUGCUGGAGGCGGAGCAGGCGGUGAAGCUGCUGUCCGAGCAGCUGCAGGUGAAGGAGCAGGAGCUCGCCGUCGCCUCCAGCAGGGCAGACGCAGUCCUGCAGGAGGUCACCGCCAAGGCCCAGGCUGCUGAACAGGUGAAGCAGCAGGUGCAGAAGGUGAAGGAUAAGGCUCAGCUCAUCGUGGACGAGAUCGAGGCUGAUAAAAGUGCAGCAGAGUCCAAACUGGAAGCUGCCAAACCUGCACUGGAGGCUGCAGAGGCUGCACUGCAGACCAUUAAGCCGGCGGACAUUGCCACCGUGCGGAAGCUGCAGAAACCUCCUCACCUCAUCAUGAGGAUCAUGGACGCCGUGCUGCUGCUCUUCCAGAGGAAGGUCGACCCGGUGACCUCUGACCCCGAGCGACCUUGUCCACGACCCUCCUGGUCCGAGGCGCUGAAGCUGAUGCAGAACUCCUCUUUCCUCAGCAUGCUGCUCAACUUCAGCAAGGACAGCAUCACGGAGGAGGUGGUGGAGCUGCUGCAGCCCUACCUGCUGAUGGACGACUACAACCUGGACUCUGCCAAGAGGAUCUGCGGCAACGUGGCCGGACUCUGCUCCUGGACCGAGGCCAUGGUCGACUUCUUCUCCAUCAACAAGGAGGUGCUGCCUCUGAAGGCUAACCUGGCCCUGCAGGAGGCUCGGCUGCUGGUGGCUCAGGCUGAACUCGCUAAAGCUCAGGAGCAACUGGACGCUAAACAACAGGAGCUGGACGCCGUGCAGGCGCUGUACAACGCCGCCAUGAAGGAGAAGCAGGACCUGCAGGACGACGCCGAGGCCUGCCGCCGCAAGAUGGCCAACGCCACGGCUCUGAUCGACGGGCUGGGAGGAGAGAAGGUGCGCUGGACGGAGAGCAGCGCCGCCUUCCAGUCCCAGAUCAGACACCUGGUGGGCGACGUGCUGCUGGCCACCGGCUUCCUGUCGUACGCCGGCCCCUUCAACCAGGAGUACCGCGGCCGGCUGCUGCAGCUGUGGACCGGGGAGAUGGCACGGCGGCACAUCCCGCACAGCCCGGACCUGAACGUGAUCGGCCUGCUGGUGGACAGCGCCACCGUCGGGGAGUGGAGCCUGCAGGGUUUACCCAACGACGACCUGUCCGUCCAGAACGGCAUCGUGGUGACGAAGGCGUCGCGCUACCCGCUGCUGAUCGACCCGCAGGGCCAGGGGAAGAGCUGGAUCCAGAACCGAGAGAGAGACCGGCAGCUGCAGGUGACGUCGCUGAACCACAAGCACUUCCGCUCUCACCUGGAGGACAGUCUGUCUCUGGGACGGCCGCUGCUGCUGGAGGACGUGGGCGAGGAGCUGGACCCCGUCCUGGACCACGUCCUGGACAAGAACUACAUCAAGUCCGGGUCCACGUACAAGGUGAAGGUGGGCGAUAAGGAGGUGGACGUGAUGAAGGGCUUCACCCUCUACAUCACCACCAAGCUGGCCAACCCGGCCUACAGCCCCGAGGUCAGCGCCCGCACGGCCGUGGUCGACUUCACCGUCACCCAGAGAGGCCUGGAGGACCAGCUGCUGGGCCGCGUCAUCCUGCUGGAGAGACAGGAGCUGGAGGCGGAGCGAGUGCAGCUCCUGCAGGAGGUGACGUCCAACAGGAGGAGGAUGCAGGAGCUGGAGGAGAACCUGCUGCUGCGGCUCAGCAGCACACAGGGGGCGCUGGUGGACGACCUGUCACUCAUCCAGGUGCUCAGGGUCACCAAGAGCACCGCCCAGGAGGUGAGGGAGAAGCUGGCUGUGGCGGGGCACACUGAGGCUCAGAUCACGCGUGCGAGGGAGGAGUACCGGCCGGUGGCCAGCAGGGGGAGCCUGCUGUACUUCCUGAUGGUGGAGCUGUCGCAGGUGAACGUCAUGUACCAGACGGCGCUGCGUCAGUUCCUGCACGUCUUCGACUCGGCCAUGCGGCGCUCGGCCAGGUCGCCCAUCACCUCCCAACGCAUCGCCAACGCCAUCACCUGCCUCACCUACCAGGUGUACCUGUACACAGUCAGAGGUGUGUAUGAGCAGCAUCGUCUCCUCUUCACUCUGCUGUUGGCUCUGAAGGUCGACCUGCAGGCAGGAAACAUCUCCCAGCCUGAAGUGCUCACCUUCAUCAAAGGCGGAGCCUCUCUGGACCUGAACUCGGUGGAGGCCAAGCCUCGGCGCUGGAUCCAGGACCUCACCUGGCUGCACCUGGUGCAGCUGGCACACCUGCCGCCCUUCAGCCACAUCCUGAGCCAGGUGAGUCAUAACGAGCGUGCCUGGAGAUCGUGGUUCGACCAGCCGGCCCCGGAGGACGCCCCGCUGCCUGACGGGUACGAGGAGAAGCUGGACACCUUCCGGAAGCUUCUGCUGAUCCGGAGCUGGUGUCCCGACAGGACCAUCGCUCAGGCGCGGCGCUACAUCUCUCAGUGUUUGGGUGGGCAGUACGCGGAGGGCCUGGUUCUGGAUCUGGACGCCAUGCUGGCAGAGAGCGACUGCAGGACGCCGCUGGUCUGCCUGCUGUCGACGGGCUCCGACCCGACCGAGAACAUCGAGAGGCUGGCCAAGAGCAAGGGGGCGCCAUGCAGGCCCAUCUCCAUGGGGCAGGGCCAGGAGCUCCACGCUCGCAGGCUAUUGGCCCACAGCAUGACGGACGGCGGCUGGCUCCUCCUCCAGAACUGCCACCUGGGCCUGGACUUCCUGGACGAGCUCCUGGACACCGUCACCACGGCGACAGCCGAGAGCGUGCACGAGGGCUUCCGGCUGUGGGUGACGACCGACGUGCACGCCAGGUUCCCCAUCACGUUCCUCCAGUCCUCCAUCAAGUUCACUAACGAGCCUCCUCUCGGGAUGAAGGCGGGGCUGAAGCGAACGUACGCUGGGAUCUCCCAGGAGCAGCUGGAGGUGAGCAGCCUGCCGCAGUGGAGACCUCUGCUGUACGCCGUGGCCUUCCUGCACAGCGCCGUGCAGGAGCGGCGUAAGUUCGGGCCCCUCGGCUGGAACAUCCCGUACGAGUUCAACCAGGCGGACUUCACCUCCAGCAUGCAGUUUGUGCAGAACCACCUGGACGAGCUGGAGGCCAAGAGGGGAGUGAACUGGAGCUGCCUGCGCUACAUGCUGGGUGAGGUGCAGUACGGUGGCCGGGUGACAGACGACCUGGACAAGCGCCUCCUCAACACGUUCACUCGCGUGUGGUUCAGCGAGAACACGUUCUCCGACACGUUCUGCUUCUUUAAGGGCUACAGGAUCCCGGGCGGGGCGCGCACCGUGCAGGACGUCCUGCAGCACAUCGACCAGCUGCCGCCGCUCGACUCACCUGAGGUGUUCGGGCUCCACCCCAACGCUGACAUCACCUACCAGACCAACCUGGCCAAUGAGACGCUCAGCAUCAUCACCAGCAUCCAACCAAAAGACAGCGGGGGCGGAGCCGGCGAGACCAGGGAGGCCAGCGUACAGAGACUGGCCAAUGAGAUGCUGGAGAAGCUGCCACCCGACUACGUGCCGCACGAGGUCAGAGGUCAGCUGCAGAAGAUGGGCCCGCUGCAGCCGAUGAACAUCUUCCUCAGACAGGAAGUGGACCGCAUGCAGCGAGUCCUCAGCGCCGUCCGGAGCACGCUCAGUGACCUGCAACUGGCCAUCGACGGCACCAUCAUCAUGUCGGAGGAGCUGCGGGACGCCCUGGACUGCCUGUUCGACGCCCGGCUGCCGCGGCGGUGGCUGCGGCUCAGCUGGGCCUCGGCCACGCUGGGCUUCUGGUUCACGGAGCUGCUGGACCGGAACCAGCAGCUCGGCUCCUGGAUCGGCUCCGGGCGGCCGAACCAGUUCUGGCUCACCGGAUUCUUCAACCCGCAGGGUUUCCUGACCGCCAUGCGUCAGGAGACGACCCGUUCCAACCUGUCCAGGGGCUGGGCCUUGGAUACGGUCGUCCUUAGCAACGACGUGACCAGGAUGAUGCGGGAGGACGUGUCGGCUCCGCCCCCAGAGGACGUGGGCGGAGUCUACAUCUACGGCCUGUACCUGGACGGGGCGGGAUGGGACCGCCGCGGCGCCAAACUCACAGAGGCCCCGCCCAAGGUCCUCUUCACGCCGCUCCCCGUGGUCCACGUCUACGCCGUCAGCUCAGCCAACAUGGCGGACGGUAAGCGUCAGCCCGGUGGCGGCGGCGGCGGCGGCGGGACGCUCAGCCUGUACUCGUGUCCCGUGUACAAGAAGCCUCAGCGCACCGACUUGACCUUCAUCUUCUCUCUGCAGCUGCGCAGCGUGCAGCCGGCCGAGCACUGGACGCUGCGCGGCGCCGCGCUGCUCUGCGACUGCAAGUGAGCCCGCCGCCGCCACCCGGUGGUGGCACUGAUAUACACAAUAAGAAUGAAUGAACUAAACCCUCAGUGCCCUGAAGGGUUAUCUGUCCUGCACACAAACAGCAUCAAAACAUCUGGAUCUCAGUUCACGUAGGAAGUGAAAAUCUUUGUUCUUUACUGCGAUUCUUUAGGUUUUGAUUGAAAUGACUCUGAUUUAUUGUAGCUCUGUGUUUCUGUGACUGCAAAAACAAAAAGAACAAAAAAAACA